CAGCAUUUUGUCUUCCGUGAGCCAAACCCGGGUCACGGGCUUCCCUGCAACAACAAAAACACACAGAAAAAAACACAACGCGUGAAUUCUGGACCACGUUUGGCGGCGGGACACACACCGGGAAACUGUGAGCUACUUUACGCUCUAGCAUGAGGAGGAUCGGUGGCUGCAACCCUGCCCAGACCGGAGGCUUGCUGGUAGGGAUGGUGCCGCUGUGAAGAGCCGGUGUGCCGUUUUCGGAGCUCUGGAGGUGGAAAGUGCCUGGACAUCAUGACUGUUUUCAACCCAGAAAAUGUUGAGGAAUUUUAUGAAAUCGGAGACGAGCUGGGGAGCGGUCAGUUUGCUGUGGUCAGAAGAUGCCGGCACAGGAACACAGGUGUGGAGUACGCCGCCAAAUUCAUCAAGAAGCGGCGCAGCAAGUCGAGUCGGCGAGGGGUGACGAGGGAGGACAUAGAGCGCGAGGUGAACAUCCUGAAGGAGAUCCAGCACCCGAACAUCAUCACGCUGCACGAAGUCUUUGAAAACAAGGCCGAGGUCAUCCUGAUCCUGGAACUCGUGGCCGGCGGUGAGCUCUUCGACUUCUUGGCAGAGAAGGAGUCACUGAGCGAGGAGGAGGCCACUCAGUUCCUCAAGCAGAUCCUGGAUGGAGUCUUCUACCUGCACUCCAAACAGAUUGCUCACUUCGACCUCAAGCCGGAGAACAUCAUGCUGCUGAACCGCUCAGUGCCUCACCCGCGCAUCAAGCUCAUUGACUUUGGACUGGCCCACAAGAUAGAUUUUGGCAAUGAUUUUAAAAACAUUUUCGGAACGCCAGAGUUUGUAGCUCCAGAAGUAGUCAACUAUGAACCUUUGGGCCUGGAGGCAGACAUGUGGAGUGUUGGUGUGAUAACCUACAUCCUUCUAAGCGGUGCAUCUCCUUUCCUGGGCGACAACAAGCAGGAGACGCUGGCCAACGUGUCAGCUGUGGACUACACGUUUGACGAGGAGUUCUUCAGCAACACCAGCGUCCUGGCCAAAGACUUCAUAGCGAGGCUCCUUGUUAAAGAUCCAAAAAAGAGAAUGACGAUUCAGGACAGCCUGCAGCACCCCUGGAUCAAGCCAAAAGACACUCAGCAAGCACUGAGCAGGAAGGAAUCGGCCGUCAACAUGGAAAAGUUCAAAAAGUUUGCAGCUCGAAGAAAGUGGAAACAAUCCGUCCGACUUAUCUCCUUAUGCAACCGCCUGUCCCGCUCCUUCCUGUCCAGAAGCAACAUAAGUGUGGCGCGCAGCGACGACACGCUGGAUGAGGAAGACUCCUUUGUGAUGAAGGCCAUCAUCCACGCCAUAAACGAUGACAACGUGCCUGGUCUGCAGCAUCUGCUCGGCUCGUUGAACAGCUACGACGUCAACCAGCCCAACAAGCACGGGACUCCACCCCUCCUGAUUGCAGCCGGCUGCGGCAACAUUCAGAUCAUCGAGGUGCUGAUGAGAAAAGGUGCAGAGAUCCAGGCCCAUGACAAGAGUGGAGCCAACGCUAUCUACUACGCAGCGAGACACGGCCACGUCGAGACCCUGAAAUUCCUCCAUGAAAAGAAGUGCCCUCUGGAUGUCCAAGAUAAGUCUGGGGAAACAGCUCUCCAUGUGGCAGCUCGCUAUGGAAACGUAGAUGUGGUGAGCUACCUGUGCAGCAUCCGUGCCAACCCAGACCUGGCAGACAGGGAACAGGAGACUCCGCUGCAUUGCGCCGCCUGGCACGGCUACUCUCCAGUAGCCCGAGCGCUCUGCCAGGCAGGCUGCCACGUGGAUGCAAAGAACCGCGAGGGCGAGAGUCCACUGCUCACAGCGUCUGCUAGAGGCUUUGUGGACAUUGUGGAGUGUCUGGUGGAGCACAGGGCAGAUCUAGAAACAACUGACAAGGACGGCCACACCGCUCUCCACCUGGCCGUACGUAGGUGUCAGGUUGACGUUGUCCGCUGCCUCCUCAGACAUCACUGCCACCUAGACCAGCAGGAUCGCCAUGGCAACACGCCCCUCCACAUCGCCUGCAAGGACGGAAAUCUGCCCAUCGUCAUGGCGAUCUGCAGCGCCAAAGCCAGCCUCGACCUCCCCAACAAGUAUGGCAGAACUCCCCUCCACCUGGCUGCUAACAACGGGAGCCUCGAGGUUGUUCGUCAUCUCUGCCUGGCUGGAGCAAACAUCGACGCCGUCACCAACGAUGGAAAAACAGCAGAAGAUUUGGCUUCCACUGAUCAACAGGAACACAUAGUUGGAUUGUUGGGGAAGCUUAAAAAGGACAACCACAAACUGAGCUAUAUCCAGCAGCUGCGGCCCACUCAGACCGUCCAGCCCAGGAUCAAACUAAAGCUGUUCGGACACUCCGGAGCCGGCAAGAGCAGCCUGCUGGAGUCUCUGAAGUGUGGCAUCCUGAGGAGCUUCUUCAGGAGGAGGAGGACACGUAUGACCAACACAGCACGCCACCCCAACUCCCCCAUCAACUCCAAACCUGCAGUGUCAGUGAGCAUUUCCAACCUGUAUCCGGGCUGCGAGAAUGUAAGCGUGAGGAGUCGCAGCAUGAUGUUUGAGCCCAGCCUGACCAAAGGCGUCCUGGAGGUUUUCUCUCCGGUCCACAACGCUCUGUCCACGGCCGACGAACAGGCCACGAAGGCCAUCGACAUCCAGCACGCCAACAUCCACGGUGUGGGGGAUUUCAGCGUGUGGGAGUUUUCGGGGAAUCCUGUCUACUACUGCUCCUACGACUACUUUGCAGCCAACGACGUCACAGCGAUUCACCUGGUUCUGUUCAGCCUCGAGGAGCCGUAUGAAACCCAGCUGAGCCACAUCACCUACUGGCUGAACCUGCUCAAAGCUCUCACUCUGCCACAGGACAACAUCGCGUUCGGAGGUCGGAUCCAGCAGCCUCUCAUGGUCGUCCUGGUGGCGACACAUGCUGACCUGGCCGACGUCCCCAGAGCUUUUUCUGGAGAGUUCAUCUACGACAAGGAGAGAGCGCUGCUCAAAGAAGUCAGGAACAGGUUUGGGAACGACCUGCAAAUCAGCGACAAGCUGUUUGUGAUGGACGCCGGAGCCUCAAACUCUAAAGACAUGAAGCUGCUCAGAAGUCACCUGCAGGAGCUUCGCAGCAGCGUCAUCUCUAGGUGUAGUCCGAUGACGCUGCUGUCGGAGCGUCUGCUGGCCACCCUGCCGGCCUGGAGGAAGAUGAGCGGACCCAACCAGCUCACAUCAUGGCAGCAGUUUGUCAGCGACGUCCAGGAGCACAUCAACCCGCUGGUCAGCCAGGAUCACCUCCGAUCUCUGGCCCUGCAGCUCCACAGCAUGGGAGAGAUCAACAUCAUGCAGAGUGAGACGGUUCAGGAUGUCGUUCUGCUGGAGCCUCGCUGGCUCUGCAGCAACAUCCUCGGCAAGCUGCUCUCUGUGGAGACGCCCAAAGCCAUUCACCACUACAGGGGGCGCUACAGGCUGGAGGAGGUUCAAGCUCUGGCCCCCGAAAGCGACGUGGAUGAGCUGCUACAGAUCCUGGACGCCAUGGACGUCUGCGCCCGCGACGUCACCAACCCCUCCAUGGUGGACGUUCCCGCCCUCAUCAAGACGAACGGCCUCCACCGCUCCUGGACUGAGGAGGAGGAGGAGGAGUCGCUGAUCUACGGAGGAGUCCGGCUCGUCCCCGCGGAGCACCUCACCGCCUUCCCCUGUGGCCUCUUUCACAAGCUGCAGGUGAAUCUGUGUCGCUGGAGCCACCAGCAGAAGCCUGAGGAGGAGGGCAGUGAGGAUAUCGAUGGAGAUAUUCACCUGUGGACCAACGGAGCCAAAGUGAGCCAGGCAGGAGUGGAGGCCAUGAUCCUGCUGGUCAACCACGGCCAGGGCGUAGAGAUCCAGGUCCGCGGACACGACUCGGAGCGGGCCAAGUGCUACACCCUGUUGGACACUGUCUGUAGUAUAACAGAGAACCUGCUGGCCUCCACGCUGCCCGGACAGCUCACCGCCAAAUACUACCUGAGCCCUCAGCAGCUGCGGGAACACCACGCCCCCAUCAUGGUCUACCAACCCAAAGAUUUUUUCCGGGCUCAAGUCCAGCGGGAAACCUCGCUCACCAACACCAUGGGCGGCUACCGGGAGAGCUUCAGCAGCAUCCUGUCCUUCGGCUGCGCUGAGGUUUACCAGCAGGCGAUUCUGGGAACGGACGUCCACAUAUCAGACGUCCCUCUGUUGGCCCGCAGGAAGCUCUGCCGCAUGCUGGACCCUCCCGACGCUCUGGGGAAAGACUGGUGCCUGCUGGCCAUGAACCUGGGCCUCACAGACCUGGUGGCCAAACACAGCAACGGGACUCCAAACGGCACCCCUGAGCUGGACUCGGACCCGGACUCCCAGCAGGCCGUGCUGCAGCCUAGCCCGACAGCGGCGCUGCUGCAGGAGUGGAGCGGGCGACCGGCCAGCACGGUGGGCGUGCUGAUGGCCAAGCUGAGGGAGCUCGGCCGCCGAGACGCAGCAGACUUCCUCCUCAAAGCAUCUCCCGUGUUUAGGGUCAACAUGGAGGCGCUGGGUGGAGCCGCCAACGGAUACCCACCCACCUGCAACGGUGGCACGUCGUACAACUCCAUCAGCUCCGUCAUAUCCCGCUGAGGAGGCCCUCUGCGCUCGCCAAACGUCACAUGUUUCCCCUUAAAACUGGACACAGACUUAUGUGUGAAAGAAGUGCAAUCGUUACAGAGUCCAGCUGCUCGCUCUUUAAUCGCUCCAUCACGUUGGCGUAUGAACCAGAUGUUGUGUUUGUGCUCUCCACACCUGUACAGCCGACCUUUCCUUCCACUAUGAAUGUUGUGAAAGAACUGAACGUCCUGAGCUCCAAAGAGGAA